UUUAUCAUUGUUAAUAAGUACCAAGUCGGUGGGUAAAUAUUAUUGUUAAUUGAUUAUCUCUAUAAAAAACAUUCGAAACUGUGAGAAAAAAAGCGAUAGUAAAGCGAGGUUCUUCGGCGUCAUGGAGGAGAGAUGGUAACGAUUGUUCGAAAGCGGUGUCUGAUUCUUGUUCAGACGGAACACGAGUUUUAACAUACAUUUCGUUCGUGAUGAAUAGCUGUUGCAUUUAAUUAUCACAACCGAUAAACAUUUUCUAUAUUCUGUUAUAUAAUUACCGUGAUUUGCACACGUUCGGUUGCAUCGAAAACUAAAAAGCAAAUACAUAAUACAGAUUCACAGCAAGAAAAGCAAAAUGGUGUUAGCGGAUGAGUUUGCUGGUGAUGGUGUUGAUUUAUAUGAUGACGUGAUAGCAGCUCCUGCUGGUGGUAAUGGCGGUGUUUCUACAGGAAAUAGUGGAGAUGGCGGAGGUGAUACUACUUCACCAAAUGAAGAAACAAAUGGUAGUGCACCUUACCAUCAACUUGGAAAUAACAUUCAACCAAAUCAAAUUGGAAGACGUCAUCAAUUAUAUGUUGGAAAUUUGACUUGGUGGACAAGUGAUCAAGAUAUAACUGAUGCAGUACAAAGUAUUGGUGUAUCAGAUUUUGUUGAAGUAAAAUUCUUUGAAAAUCGAGCCAAUGGACAAUCGAAGGGUUUUUGUGUAAUAUCUUUGGGUUCAGAACAAAGCAUGAGAAUAUGUAUGGAAAGAUUACCUAAAAAAGAAUUACAUGGACAGAAUCCAGUAGUAACAUUUCCUACUAAACAAGCACUGAAUCAAUUUGAGUCUCAGUGUAAGACACGUCCAGCUCCGGCUCCUCAACAAAGUCAGAGUCAACGCCCUCAUAAUCCACAUCAACAUCAGCCACCAAUGCCACCUCAUCAGCAGCAUCCACAACAUCCUCAACAUCCUCAACAUUCGCAACAAAAUCAUGGUCCUAGAAUGAUGAUGGGUCCUCCACAGGGCGUGAGACCACAAAGAAUGCCACCUCCAGGCAUGGGUCCACCAGGUCCAGGUGGACCUGGUCAACAAGGUCCACCUCGCAUGCAUGGUCCACCAAUGGGUCCAGGACCUGGACCACAUCAUCCUUUACCUGGACAUCCUAAUCAAGGUCCACCACCUCCUGGUUAUCAACAAGGGCCAUGGAAUGGACCAAGACCUAAUGGUCCACCUGGACCACCAAGAGGUCCAAAUGGACCUGGUGGUCCACCUCAGCAAGGACCUCCAGGACCAGGUCCUGGUCAACAUCGACCUCCUGGAAUGAUUGAAAUAGAGUCUUCGUUUGUCUCCAUUCGACAAUUUCAUGGUGGUCCGCCUGGUCCGCCUGGUCAAGGACCUCCACGUGGUCCACCUGGACAUCCUGGUGGACCUCCAGGUGAUCCAAGAGGUGCUAAACCACGUCCCGAAUGGAAUAGACCACCAGGAAUGCAUCAUGGGCCUCAGGGACCACCAGGUUUCCCUCAACAUCAACAUAUGCAAGGCCCUCAACCUGGUCAAGGCCCACCACAGAGAGGACCUCCUCCAGGUUCUAUGGGUGGAAUGUUACCAGGUCCAGGAGGACCACCACCUGGUCAUGGAGGUCCACCUCAAGGACCACCACAAGGACCUCCAGGAGGACCUGCACCACAUGUGAAUCCAGCAUUUUUCCCACAAGGACCACCUCAUCAGCAUCCAGGUCAACAUCCACCAGGCCCUCCUGGUCCACCUCAUGGACCACCUCAUGGUCCACCACAUGGUCCACCUCAUGGUCCACCACAUGGUCCACCUCAUGGUCAACCACAUGGUCCACCCCAUGUGCCUCCUCAUGGUUAUGGACCACCCGCAGCACAGCCACCUUAUGGCGCACCAGGACCUGAUCAUCGUCCAGAAGGUCCUCCUCCUCUCACAGAACAAGAGUUUGAAGAAAUUAUGGGUAGAAAUAGAACUGUUUCUUCUUCUGCAAUUGCUCGAGCAGUAUCUGAUGCUGCGGCAGGAGAAUAUGCAAGCGCUAUAGAGACUUUAGUUACGGCUAUUUCUUUAAUAAAACAAUCCAAAGUUGCUGCAGAUGAUAGAUGUAAAAUAUUGAUAAGUUCUCUUCAAGAUACUUUACGUGGCGUCGAGACUAAGAGCUAUGGAUCCGCACGUAGGGAACGAUCACGUUCACGUGAUAGAGAACGCAGUCAUAGAAGAAGACGUGAGAGAUCAAGGAGCCGUGAUAGAGAAUACAGAGAAAGAAGCAGGGAUAGAGAUAGAGAACGUGAUAGAGAACGUGAUCGUGAAAGAGAAAGAGAUCGUGAUCGUGACAGAGAACGUUAUUACAGUGAACCAUAUCCACGGGAGAGAUCACGAAGCAGAGAGAGAGAUCGUGAACGUGAAAGAGAUCGCGAAUAUAGAGAACGAAGCAGAGAAGAAAGUACGACACGUCAGUCAGCCAGGCCAAGAGUAAAAGAAGAACCGCCAGAGACGGCUCCCGUCUCGUCUUCCAAGGCGUCUAGGUAUUAUGACGAUCGCUACAGAGAGCGUGAACGAGACAGAGAUCGAGAACGAGAAUCGAGCCGAAGACCAUCAGAGAGAGAACGAGAACCGGAACGUGAACGAGAACGAGAACGAGAAAGAGAUCGUCGCGACGAACGUGGAGAUUCUUCACAUCGUUCGAGGCAUUAAAAGUGAUUGUACGCUAAAGAAAAAAGAAUUUUCUUUAAAAAUCAAAUAUAAUAGAAGAUACAGUGAGAGUAAAAAACGAGAAAGGGAAAGAAAAUGAUGAAGAUAGUUUUGUUCUAGUAAGCAAAGUUCGUGGGAUCUCAUCGUUGAUUUUCUUACAAGUUUCAUCGAAAAAUAGACACAAGAGGAUAUAUAUAUAUGCCCGUUUAUCUCUUGAAAACACAUGUUUAUCUUUUAUAUUUUGUCUGAAUAUUCAUAUAAUAUCUAGACACUUUCUCGACCACUUAAGAAUAUAAUUUGGUUUUAGAAUGACAAUGAAAUACGAUAAUUAUAAAAAUUGAUUAAAAUUUUUUUCUAUCUCGAUUCCAUUUAUAUCUUAUGAUGAACAAUUGAGAAACUUUUUAUCAGAAUGCAAGAGAUUUAAUUUUUGUAGUAGAAAAUAAUUAUCUUGUGAUUAUUUAUUUUACAUGAUGAAUUUCUUUGCCUUUGUCAGAGAUUUCUAUUUCAUGUAUAUUUAAUAUCAUAUAUACAAUAUAUAUAUACAUAUAUAUUAAAAGUAUUCGUACUUUCAUCUAUGUAAUUUUAAUGUUUGCAUUAGAGAUUUCUGUUUCACGUAUAUUUAAAUAUACGAGUACAAUAUAUCAAAUAUUGUUAAUGAUGGUUUUGAGAUAGACGACAUAGUUUUGAAUAUACAUAUAUGUAAUGUGCAUUAGAGAAUUAAACUUCGUUUUUGAUUCUUUCAUUCUUACAGUAUUUGAUGACUACUAAUAUUUUUAUUGAUUAAUGAUAAUUGGAUAAUUAUAUAUAUCGUAAUGAUAUAAAUGAUUCUAUAAAACCAUAAAUCUAUUUUUAGAUGUACUUAGAUGUAUUUAUUCAUAAUGUGAAACAUCUAAAAAUAGAAAAUUUCGGUCUGGAAAGUGUCGGAAUCAAUUAAUAUUUGGAUACAUAUUUUAUAAGCCUCUGUGUAAACUUCCGGCAGAUUUAUCAGUCAUGAACAUUCUAGCCAAGUUACCAAGGGAUUUUCACGGGGAAUUCUUAAUCUAGUAAUGUUAUGUGGGAGAUUGAUUAUAGAGAUUUUUGUCACGUAUAAUUUUUUUUCAAAUCACAAUGAUGUUUUUUCCUUUCUUUUCUCUUUUUACGCAGCGUAUACUACUAUAUUAUUAAAUAUCAAUACGCUACAGUGAAACUUCCGUAUUUGCAACCGAUCGCGAUCUGAAAAGAUUAAUGGAAAAUUUAAUUCCAUCAAAUUUCGUUAAUCAUAUCGAAUCAGCGUUCGAAUCUGCAUUGUAUUUUUCGAAAGCAUAUCGAUUUUUCACUGUAAAAAAAUUUUACUUUAUCUAACAAUGGCUCCAAAGAGAAAAAUGUAGUAAUGCUAGUGAGGUUAUUCGGGUCGUAAACUGCUUUAAAUGAAUGAAUAGUGUUCGCCACUAUUGAUAAUUUCAAUUAUGCAGAAUCUUGGAACUUAUCCCCGUGGAUACGGGAUUUUACUGUAAUUACUGGAAAAAAUAAUUGGAAAAAAUAAUGAAGUAAACAAAAACGCAUACAUUAUAUAUGCAUAUAUACAUAUAUAUCUAUGUAAUAUUUAAGCAGAGAAAAUUUGUUUUGAAAUAGAGAGAGAGAGAGAGAGAAAGAGAGGGCAAGAGAGAGUAUGUGUUGUCGAAAAAUAACAAAAAAAAAAUAAUUAUAAUAAUAACAAAUUAACAAAAAGAAGUGACGAAAGCACAACGAAAAUUAUGUUUCAUGGAGAGUCGUGUUUAGUUGCGGUUUACAGAAAAGCUGAAGAAAAGGUCCUACAUCUCCUGAUGAACUAAAUUGAUGCUGGCAGCCUCGAGGAAGAAAGAAGAUUACAUUCUGGAGUCUCGUCAUCGAUCUUCUAGCUCCACGACGAUGCAAGAUUGUAUCUUAACUAUAAUACAUAUAUACGCUUUCAAAAAAAAAUA